AUGGCCUCUAGCUCGGGGGAAGACCUCUUGUGUUCCGUUUGCCAGGACAUUUUCAAAGACCCGGUCGUCCUGUCGUGCAGCCACAGCUUCUGCCGGGCCUGCCUCCAGUCGUGGUGGGCGCAGCAGAAAACACAACCGUGUCCGUGCUGCCAGAGGAAGUCAUCGAAGAGCGAGCCUCCUCGCAACCUGGCGCUGAAGAACCUGUGCGAGGCCUUUCUGAGGGACGAGGAGCGGCGGGCAGCAGCAGGGCCCGAGCACAUGUGCAGUCUGCAUGGCGAGAAGCUCAAGAUCUUCUGUCUGGACCACCAGGAGCCGGUCUGCUUGGUCUGCCGGGACUCCAGGACUCACAGAGACCACCAGUUCAUACCCAUCAACGAGGCGGCCCGGGACUUCCGCCAGGUUCUGGAGAGAGACCUGACACCCCUCCGGGAGAAGCUAAUGCUCUUCCAGCAGGUAACGGAGGAAUCCCUCCUCACUGCAGACUACCUCCAAGUCCAGGCCCAGGACACCGAGAAGCAGAUCCGGCAGGAGUUUCAGGAGUUUCACCAGUUCCUGGAAGAGGAAGAGAAGGCGAGGGUGGAGGCGCUGAGGGAGGAGGAGGAGCAGAAGAGUCGGGCGAUGAAGGAGAAGGUGGAGGCUCUGACCUGGGACAUGGACGCUCUUUCAGACACGAUCAGAGCGACGGAGACGGAGCUGACAGCUGGAGACGUCUCGCUGCUGCUCAACCACAAGGUGGCGACCCGGAGGGUCAAGCAGGGUCCGGUUCUGCAGGACCCGGAGCCGGUUCCAGGGGCUUUGAUAGAUGUGGCCGAACAUCUAGGGAACCUGACCUUCAACAUCAUGAAUAAGAUGAAGGACAUGGCGCGCUAUAGUCCCGUGAUCCUGGAUCCAAACACCGCAGACCCAGAGCUCGUCGUGUCUGACGACUUGCUGAGUGUCACAUUCGUGGGGAAGCAAGAUUUGCCGAGCAACCCGGAGAGGACCAGGUUCCCCCGCACUGUCCUGGGCUCCAAGGGGAUGAAAUCAGGGACCUACACUUGGGCCGUGGAUGUUGGACGCAACGCUGACUGGGAGCUGGGAAUGUUGGAAGCCGACGGUGGUGACACAGCGGAGCACCGGCGGUGGAGGAUUUCACUCAAGGAUAAUAGAUUCAAGGCGUUGGCUGGAUCGGGCUUGGAGCAAGACUUGCAGGUGGGGGCGCCCCGGAAGAUCUUGGUUCAUCUAGACUUCGACGAGGGGAAGCUGUGGUUCGUGGAUCUUGAAAUAAAUGCAGUCAUGCUCAUCUUCACGCACACGUUCACGGGCGUGUUGUUUCCUUACGUGUACACUCGGAGCUCAGUCCCACUGGAGAUCCUGCCAUGCAAGGUUUCCGUGACGACACCGUUUGGCAGAUUAGGAGGUGGGACAAGACCCUGA